UUUAACUGCCUGGCAGUCAGCAAGCAUGGAGCCUGCACAAGAACCAGAGGAGCUGGGACCUCAAACAGAAAUGAUUGCAGACACAAUUCUCGAGGUUGGAGAGAGACUCUUUAAGGUCAGCCGUAGGGUCCUUUCAGUACACAGUCGUUACUUUGAAGCCAUGUUUUUUGGGGGGGCAAGAGAGAGCUCUGAAUACCAUAUAGUGAUCAGAGGGAUUGAUGCAGUGCCUUUUCAGGCACUACUUGAGUUCACUCGCACAGCCCAAGUGCUUAUAGGUCAAGAAAAUGUGACCAGCUUACUGGAAGCAGCUGAUUUUUUUCAGUUUGACAGGGUGAAAUUGUUGUGUGAGAAAUUUCUGGAGAGAGAGCUGCAUGUUUCCAACUGCCUGGGCCUGAUGACCUACUCGCAGCAAUUUGCCUUUAUAGAGCUGUAUGCGUCUGCUAUGAAUGUGGCUCUCACUCACUGGGAGGAUGUGAUGUACCAGGAAGAAUUUAAGGCACUACCCAAAGAAAUGCUGAUGCAGCUCCUAAAAAGCGAUGACCUCUUUGUUUCACGAGAAGAUGUGGUUUUUGACAGUAUUAUGAGGUGGAUAAUGGAGGAUCCAGCAACGCGAGAGGAAGACUUUCUGGAUUUGGUGGGCAAAGUGAGGGUCACUUUUCUGAGUUUGUCCUUCCUCGACAUCUUGGUGAAACGCAGCAAGCGCCCUGGAGAGACAGAUACCUUUUCCAGAUUAAUAAAGAAGUUAGACAGCUGUCCUCCACCCAGCUGGCAAAAUACAGAACUGUGUCCUUAUGCUGGUCGGAGCUAUGACACCUUAUAUGUCCUGGGAGGAAAACAUGACAAGGAACAGCAAGAAUUAUUUCUCUUUCAACCUAAAACAGGGACCUGGAAGGCUUGUUCUCCACUGCAGCGCAGGAACCUCACCCAAUAUGCAGUGGCAGCAGUAGGGAGCUUCCUUUUUGUGACAGGAGGAUAUUUCCGGGAUGAGUUUGUGUGGUAUAGUGUGGAUUGGGUGCUUAUCUACAGUUGCUUGGACAAUAGCUGGCUGGAAGGGCCUGCCAUGAAGAAGUCCCGCAAUAGCCAUUGUGCGGUAGGAGCAGGGCUCUACCUGUAUGUACUUGGAGGAAACACAGAUGAAGGGAUAAUCCCAGCAGUGGAGCGCAUGGCUUUGAUGGAGUCAGAGUGGGAAAGCAUGAGUCCUAUGGCUCAACCUGUGGAGAGAGGAGAUGCGGUCAGUGUGGGAACCAGGAUCUAUGUGGUCUGUGGCCUGGAUGAAAAUGGACAUGUAUAUGAUGGAGUGCAAAGGCUGAACACAGAGACCGACAGCUGGGAUGUCAUCUCAUUAUCCCCGCUUCCAAGGUAUGACCUCUGCAUCACAUCACUGAAUGGUGCUCUGUACACCAUAGGAGGGGAAGCUUUUCGAUUUGAUGUGGAGACAGAUGAAUGGACCCAGGUGGAUGAGGAAUGCUUGACACAGAAGUUCUUCAUGGGUUGCAGCACUGUGAACGGACGGAUUUAUCUUCUUGGACAGAGGAAGGGGAAUAGUGCCCUCCCCAUUGUGGUCGUCUUUGAUCCCUACGUUGAUAUGUGCCAGGUCAUAGAUGACAAACUCCCUUGCCCCCUUCCUAUUCAUGGGUGUGUCUCUGUGCGAAGAUUUGAUACAUGGGCAUGAGUGAUUCCAGAUCCAGCAUAACCAGAAAGAAAAAGUCAUGUGCUUUACAGCUGAUGGAAGUUAGAUUGCAGGAAGUUUGGUCUGUGAAAUUUUUCAAUUUUGAAAAUUGAUCUGUUCCUUCAUAACUCUGUCUUUUUUUUUUUUUUUCUACCUGGCAAAUGAACUUGAAGCAAAAGCCAGUGAAACCUUUGUGUCUACACAAAGGUUGCAGGUCAUUAUUAGAAAUAGUGGUCAGCAUUGUUAUGGUACAUAAACUCCUCAGCAUUGAUGCUAAAUAAAGGGCUGCUCUGAC